CUUGAACUUUCUUCUCUGCUAAAAAUUAAGUUUGAAGUUUGAUAUCUUUUAAAGUAAAAUAAUAAUAUUUAUUUGUUUGUGGUAAAAUCUAAUAUCUAUUGAAAUUUGAGACUUCGGUUGGAAGCGAAUUGAGAUGUUGGUAUUGAGUUAAAUUAUUUAUCAUACCAUUAUUGUUUGUACGAUGGAUCUUUUUGUUUUACUCUCGAUAUUCUCUGCAUCGGUCAUUGUUGGGUUAUUCGGUUUUAUAUUUCGAUAUAAGUUUUUUCAAAGUGAGCCAGAGAAUGUUAUACGAGAUGAUCCUWUAGUCAGACCUAGACCGGGAGUUCGCUUACAAAAUCGUAAUACAUUACGCCGAAACAAUCGCAAUGUAGUUGAACCUAGAAAUGAAAGUGCUGAAAAUGACGAUACUACAAUCGAGCCAAGUGUUGUGGCUGCUUCAGAUCUAAAACUAGGAGCUAAGAAACGAGCAAAAUUGGAAGCUAAAGCAGAGAAAAAGGCGAAACGAGAAGCUGAUUUACAAGAACGUGAAGAUCGUAAAAAAAAACAAGAUGCAGAAGAAUCAGAAAGAAAAGCUAAAGAAGAUCAAGAAAAGCGACAAGAGCAAGAGCGAUUAGCACUAGAAAAGAAAAUUGAAGAAGAAAAGGCUAAAAAAGAGCAUCUAGAGUACUUACAAAUAAAAGAGACAUUUGGCAUAGAAGAAGAAGGUUAUGAAGAAACAUUAGAGGACGAAGGAGUGACAUUAACUCAAUUCAUUGAAUAUAUUAAGGAGAAUAAAGUAAUUGUUCUGGAUGAGCUUGCUUUAAAAUUUAAAUUAAAAACUCAAAUCGUAAUAGACAGGAUUCAAAGUUUAUUGGAAGAAGGAUUAUUAACUGGUGUAAUUGAUGAUAGAGGAAAGUUUAUAUAUAUAUCACAAUCUGAACUUAAUGCAGUUGCUUCAUUUAUCAAAAAACGCGGAAGAGUAUCAUUAAUGGAAUUAGCAGAACACAGCAACAAUUUGAUUGUUCUUGAUAAACCAAUUUCUGUAACCUAAAAUAUUAAAACAAUUGUAUCUUGAUUAAAAUAAAACUCCUUAUUUGAAGUAUUAAUAAGACAA